AUGUCUUCCUCUGUCCGGACAUCUACGAUUGUGAUAGCUUCCGCUGGUGCUAUCAUAACCGGUUUCCUUGCAUACGCGGUCUAUUUUGAUCAUAAGCGGCGGUCAGAUCCAGAUUUUAGGAAAGCCCUUAAGAGAGAGUCGCGAAGGGAAGCACGAGCUGCAAAGGAAGAAGCAGAGGCACAAGGCGUACAGCAGAAGCAGAUCAUCGAAGAUGCUGUCAGCGCGGCCAGAGAAGAGGGGUUUCCUACGGAUGUGGAAGACAAGGAGGCAUAUUUCAUGAACGAAGUCGGGCAAGGGGAAGUUCUCUGCCAGGACGGUUCCAAGCAAAUCGAGGCAGCGCUCUGCUUCUACAAGGCUCUCAAGGUCUAUCCUCAACCACGAGACCUUAUCCAUAUCUACGACAAGACUGUCCCGAAGCCGGUCAUCGACAUAUUAGCAGAGAUGAUUGCUUUGGAUCCGACCAUCAGCGUUGGUCCCUUUGGUGCGGGAGGCUCUGGCUCAGGACCUGGUUCCUCGACUGGGAUUGACGACUGA